UAAAAAGUGUUAUCAUCACGAGAAAGUGGCGUUAGAGCCAUCCAAUCGAUGAAUGUCGGCGGCGUCCGUGUAAUUCUAAUUGCGGCGGUCUUGCUACUUUUUCUAAUCGUAUACUUCGUCUUCGGACGAUCUUCUCGCGACAGAUCAGUGAGCAUGUCUGCAGGAGAGAUCGAACCACUACAAGUCGACUCUAAGCACGAGACUCCUGUACCUGCAUCUUGCAGUACCGAUGCCGUCAGUGCUGCAUUCACCGUCAAAACGAGCGAAGUGAGCAAACCGGAAUGGUCAGGAUCAGGCUCCAUGUUCUACAGACGAGCCACGCCCACUGACAUCAUAGAGAAAGUUUUGCCGGUUGUCGUUUUGUUACACGGAGCUGCGUUCUCGUCUAAGACUUGGCUUGAUCUGGGCACUCUUGAAAUGUUGUCCUGUAAUGGAUACGAAUCGUUUGCAUUCGAUCUUCCCAGUAAGGGACAAUCCGAGGGACUAACUGGUGUCGAUGCCGAUGGGCUUGUUCGUUAUCUGAGAGACAAAUUUCAAUGGAAAUAUUUUGUGAUUAUAUCGCCGUCGAUGAGUGGACGAUACUCGUUACCUUUUGUGACGUCUGGUGACACUCGUGGGUUGGUCGGAUUUGUUCCUGUUGCACCUGGUGGGGUGGCGUCGUUCAAAUCGAAGAUGCCGUCGGUUGAUGUGAAGACGCUCUAUGUUCGGGGAGAGAAUGAUAAGAGUUUGGGCGUGACAGCGUGGUCUGUAUUACGGGAGAUCAAAGGAGCUGCAGAUUACGUGAUGAAGGGUGCGGGGCAUGCUUGUUAUAUGGACAAUCCGGAUGAGUUUCAUAAGGUUCUCUUGAAAUUCUUGGAACAAAUAGUUUUAUCUUAGAAACUAGAGUGUUGAAUGGUGACAAGCAAUGAGCUGCAGUUGCAA